GCACUGUUGUUUGUGGUGUCGGCCGGCCGCGCGAGCCGGACCAUAACACUCGCCCGGUGGGCGGCGGGGCGGGCGAGGGUCCGGAGGCCGCGGGCGGCGGCGAGCGCGAGCCGAGGGCAGCCUGCCUCCCGCGGCCGCCGAUCCCGGGAGGGGGCGCCGGCCGGAGCCAUGUCGGUGAACAUGGAUGAGUUGCGGCACCAGGUCAUGAUCAACCAGUUCGUGCUGGCCGCAGGCUGCGCGGCCGACCAGGCGAAGCAGCUGCUGCAGGCGGCACACUGGCAGUUCGAGACCGCCCUGAGCACGUUUUUCCAAGAAACCAACAUUCCCAACAGCCACCACCACCACCAGAUGAUGUGCACCCCGAGCAACACACCUGCCACACCGCCCAACUUCCCCGACGCGCUGGCCAUGUUCUCCAAGCUUCGCGCCUCCGAGGGCCUGCAGAACAGCAACAGCCCCAUGACUGCGGUGGCCUGCUCCCCGCCCGCAAGCUUCAGCCCCUUCUGGGCCUCGUCGCCGCCCAGCCACCAGGCCGCCUGGAUCCCACCCUCCUCCCCCACGGCCCACAGCUUCCACCAUCUCCACCACCCGCAGCCCACGUGGCCGCCCGGAGCACAGCAGGGGGGCACCCAGCAGAAAGCCGUGGCUGCGAUGGAUGGCCAGAGAUGAGACUGGAUGCCGCCGGGCGCUGGGCUGGAGCUGGGGGGCAGUCCAGGGUCGUGGGGACACAGGAGGGCCG